AUGGCAUGGGCCCUGGGGCCGCGCGCUGCCCUGCUCCUGGCGGCGGCAUGGUCGGUCGGCCUUGCGACAGGCACGGGCAUCACAGCCUCCUCCACUCACUUCAAUCGGGCCGAGUACGAGGAGAAUCAGAUCAUCACGUCGCUGAACAAUUGUCCGCUCUGCGCUGAGCACGAGCCCUGCCUGAUGAGCUGCAGGAAGCAAGAGAACAAGGGCUGGGGUGAGUGCUUGGACAGGUGCCUCGGGGAUAAUCCUAUGCUCCUUGAGACCUUCAAGGGUAUGGUCCAGAGCUCUAGUAGUUUGAGGGGGUUUGGAUCCUAG